AUUGGUGAUAUGUUAUGUAGCAAAGAGGGGCACGACUUUGUGCUGGAGGAGGAAAUUGGUUUGAUAUGCCGCCACUGUUCUCAUGUGGCCGUCGAGAUCAAAGACAUCUCACCAGCUAUGGACAAGUAUCGUGCUAAUAUUAGUGACAAUAAGAAAUGUAGUGAGAAAAAGGGUGACCCUUUACAUAACAGGCUUGAGUUUGAUGCUUCAGAUCACAUAAAUUAUCCCACCUCUUUGGAUAAUACAGAAGGAACUGUCUGGCAAUACGUCCCUGGCAUCAGAGAUACUUUGUACCCACACCAACAAGAAGGCUUUGAAUUUAUUUGGAAGAACUUAGCUGGGACAACAAAACUUGACGAGUUGAACAGCGAAGGGGUCAAGGGAAGCGGUGGAUGCAUUAUAUCUCAUAAGGCUGGAACUGGUAAGACACGCUUGACCAUCGUUUUUCUUCAGUCGUACUUAGAACGGUUUCCAGAUAGCCAUCCUGUGGUCAUAGCUCCUGCAACCCUAAUGCGUACAUGGGAAGAAGAAUGUAGGAAAUGGAACGCAGAUAUUCCUUUUUUUAACUUGAAUAGUCGGCAGCUCUCAGGGUAUGAGGACGCUGCAGCUGUCUCACUGUUAAAUGGAAAUAGGCAACAUGAUUCCGUCCGUAUGCUUAAGUUGUAUUCGUGGCGGAAGAAGAAAAGCAUUCUUGGAGUUAGCUACCCUCUGUAUGAGAAGCUCGUGGCAAAUAAGAAAGCUGGAAAAAUGCAAGUGUUUAGGAGGAUGUUGCUAAAAUUGCCGGGGUUGCUGGUCCUUGACGAGGGCCACACCCCGAGAAACCAGAAUAGUCUCAUUUGGAAAGUGCUUACUGAAGUCAGAACAGAAAAGCGUAUAAUUCUUUCAGGGACACUGUUCCAGAAUAAUUUCAAGGAACUUUCAAAUGUCUUAUGCCUGGCAAGACCAGCUUUGAAAGAUACGCUUUCGUCGAUGCUACAGGAACUUAGCAAGCGGAGCCAAGAAGGAGAACACGGAAGGGUGAAUGAAGAAAUUGGAAUUGUGGAUCUUAAGGUUAAGAUUGCUCCUUUUGUGCAUGUCCACGAAGGAAACAUCCUUGAAGAAAGCCUUCCAGGUCUAAAAGACUGUGUU